AUGUCGGGCGAGCUUAAAAGAGACAUUUUCACAACCGAAGAUAUGUAUCAAGUUGAUCCCGAUGACAUGGAAGAAAUGGAUCUAAAGUGGCAAAUGGCUAUGAUCACCCUGAGGCUGAAGAAAUUUCAAGAUAAAACUGAAAAGCGUUUGUCGCUCGGGAAAGCUGGUUUUGACAAGUCUAAACUCAGGUGCUACAACUGCAAAAAUUUGGGCCACUUCAAAAGGGAUUGUCCCCUGCUGAAGAACGAGAAUGCUGAAACUGCUCCAGAAAAAAGGCCAAUUGCCAUUGAAGGUAAUGACAACUCCACUCCUAACACGCCAAAGGCUUUGGUUGUAGAAGACUACGAUUGGGAGGAGGAGAUUGCUGAAGCAACGGAGCAAGUCAAUAAGGCUCUUAUGGCUAAAAUCUCUAGCAAUUCUGCUUCAUCUUCAUCAAGCUUUGUUGAGAAACAAGAUGGAGGAACUCCUAAAGGUGACAAAGCAACUGAUAAAGGUUUGAAGAGCAUUCUCACUCCUACUGAACGUGUAGCAGAUAAAGGAAAAGAAGAAGAUGAGAAGCCUGAGCUGAAGAAGAAUGCCCAAGAAGUAGCUAGUGGCACCAAGAAGGAGAAAGCUGAAGCUCCCACAGCCGCCAUGAAAGCCGAAUCCGCAAAAAAAGAAAGAGGAUAA